AGCAAAUCUUUUGACCAAAACGGCUUUAACGUCACGACGUGUUGACGCAGCUUUAGCUGUGGAGGCGACUGUGCUUCCCUGACAGCAAUUUUCUUAUAACUGUUUUUUUAAAAAGUUUUAAUCGCAGUGCGAAUGACAGUCCGUGUAGGACAGAGACACAUUUCAUGUAGUGCAAACCUUCGAAGAAUUAACUCCAUGGAGGUCGUAGACAGCCCGCUUAACCUCGCUCAUCAGCAGUGCAGGAGGGCAGACCGUUUGGUAGCAGCGGGAAAGUAUGAAGAGGCCAUCUCCUGCCAUCGAAAAGCAGCAGACCUUUUGACAGAUGCAAUGAAAACAACAGUGUGUGAGCAGGCUCAUCUGUCCAUGGAGCUGCAGAGGGAUAGUCAUAUCAAACAGCAGCGACUGAUCCAAGAGCGCUGGAAGAGAGAAGCUCGUCGUGAGGCAACAAAGGCCCAACAUGGCCUGGUGCAGCCCUCCAGCAACCCAGCCCUCCUUACCCAAGCCCAGUCCACAGGCCAGCUCCAGCCCCAUGGCUCCCCAGGCCUUUCGGCUGCAAAGUGUGGAGGAAUCAGGGAGAGAGAGUAUGACACCUUACUCUACCAGCUUCAGACUCGGCAGACUGGAGGCUGUCAACCUUUGACUCCACCCUGCCCUGGAUCUAAGACCACCAAAGAUGACAAAACUCGCCUGGAAGAACAACAGACCACCAUCGAGGACCUGCGGCGCUUGGUCAACCACCUGAUGGACGAAAACCAGUGUCUGGCAGCUGAGAACAAGCGACUGCGAUCCGAAAACACCCGGCUGCGCUCCGAGGCGGUCGAGGCGGCAGACUUUGUGGAGCGUUCAGAGCUCUGGGUGCUACCGCAAGCAGGUGGUGCUAUGGGAACUGGGGGUGGGCAGGAGACGAAAACCACAGGGAAGGGGAAGGAGAUUGCAAUCCCCCAGCUGCCACCACUGGAAAUGCCAGCUCAGGAAGACCUGUGUCUGGAUGACCUGCCUCGUCUGGAGUUGCCAGUGGACAUCCAGAAUGAACUACAGGAGCUACUGGAUAGGGAUAAACUGUGAUAAGACUGAUGUCUCACACACAAACACACACGCAUACACACACACACACACACACACACACACACACACACACACACACACACACACACACACACACACACACACACACACACACAAUCAAUGAGUUGAGAUGCCAUAUGUUUGACAUGAGAAACCCACAGGCGCUCUCUGAUCAGACCUCUGACGUCUGUCCUGCCCUGACAGUUGCAACAAAACUAAACAGAGUGGGGGAGCUGUCAUUCAAUUUCAUAGUCUUGAGAAGAGGUCUAAUCAGGGAGAUUAAGUGAUAGCACCUGUACCACUUAUACAAUACAAUGUAAGUCAAAGAUAAAGCUAUAGUUCACCCAGAAAUGUCAGUUGGAACAUCACUGAGGUUGUAUAUUAGUAUGGCAUAUAGUGAGCUCCGUAUUAACCUUAAGGAAAAUAACUGAAGUUGUCAGGAUAAUGUUUUUUAGAUUGCAUGUGAAAGGUCAUUCUUGGCCUAAAAAAUGUAGUUUGACAAAGUAAUUCUUAAUUCAAGGUCCACAUCACAACUUUUUUCCAGAACAUUUAAAUUGGGGCUUGUUUUACUAUAUUCUUGGUGUCUGAAAACUGGAAGCACACUAUACUUGCAGGGUCUAAAAGCUUUGUGGGGACUAAAAUGCUGGACUCCACAAGUUGAAAUGGCUGUUUGAGGGUUAAGACUAGGUUUUAGCAUUAGGGUAAGGGUUGGGGUUAGGAAUUUAGUUUUUAAUGGUUAAGGUUAGGGUAAGGGGCUAGGGAAUGGAAUAUGUCAAUGGCGGGUCCCCACGAAUAUAGUAAAACAAGGGUGUGUGUUUGCCUGGGUUUGUGUGUGGUCUGACUGAUGAUACCAAUAAAAACAGAGAAAGACAAGCACCUCAAGGCUUCAGUUUCACUGUACGUUAGCCAGCCAAUGACUGUAGAUAUUAGUAGAAAAUUAUUACUAGUUGACUAUUUAAUUAAGUAAAUAUUAAAUAAGCAACAGCAUUAAUUUGUCUUUAUAUAACAUUGGUGGAUUUUUGGUAUCACUUUUUUUUACUUCUGCAGCAGAACCUGGAAAUUCUGUUUUCUUUUGCCUCUGUAUAGGAAAGAAUGAAGAAAAAAACAUCUGUGAAGUUUUAAAACACCAUUGCCUGGAACUCUAUUGAAUGAAAAACUGCCUAUUUCUGUCUUAAAAUUUUCCUUUGUUGAAAUUUGUAUGACAUGACUAGAGUCUAGUUUUUGAAUUAAUGUUCUUCUAGGAAUUUAGGAGAUAAUCAUGUACUCAUGGACUUUUGGCUCCACAGCAAAGUAAUUUGGUUUUAGAACACUUAAACAUUUAUGGUCGUUGUUUGUGCUUUGGUGCUCUAUCAUCAGAUCAUGUUCCUAAUAUCCUCAGUUGUCACGGAGAAGCCUGGAAUGAAGCAGCACCAUCACACUCACUGCAUGUUACACCGACAUACAAACUCCACACUGUUUCAGCUUCCAUGAGGACGAGUAGUGGGUAAUGACCAGAUGUUGAAUUUGUGAAUGAACUCAAUUACUUAUUUACAAUUUCAGCUGUAUUGGUCUAACCCUACCACACACACAGACCAGGAUUAUGUGCAGUAUGAUUCAGUUACAGGAAAGCGUAUUGCUGCUGUUGAGGAAAAACUACUUUGCUGCCUUUAUCUUUAACCAGACUUAAAGGCUUUAAUGAUUAUUUUAUAUUUGUAGUAAUUUUUUUGUCCUUAACAUGACAAGGCUGCCAAUAAGAGAAUAAGUACUCUUUUUCUGAUUUUCUUGCAGAUCGGUGGUUUUAUACAACAACAGCGAUAUUAAAACACACGUUUCUCCACAAAUACACACAGACUGAUGGCAUGAACUUAGGUUAAUUGGAAUGACGACACAGGGGAAAGAAUCUUGCAGAGAUCUUGUUUGUUCAUACUGUGAGCACCUAGGUUGAUGACUCAAUGUAUUCUCAAAAGCUGUCUUCAAGGUUUGCAACAGGAACAGGAUGUUUGCAGUGUAGAUCGUGUCUUUUAUAAUGCUCUCCAAUGCGAAAGCAUACCAGGGUUUUUGCAUGUGUUAGCCUAUUUACUAUAAAAUCAUCUAAAGUAACAUUGGGCUCCAAAAGUCUGAGACCAAUGGGAAAGUGGUCUCAGUCUUUUAGACCCAGCUUUAUCUGCUGGCCAUUUUCCAAAAGCCUAGUUUCUUAGAUGUUUUGAAUGUUUUUUCUAGCUUCCAAGCACACACAGCCACUUCUGUAUUGACUUAUAACUUGCUUGUAGAGCUGAAAAAAUUAAUUAGUUAAACGAUUUGUGAAAAAAGGUAGUUGCAGUCCUAUGUGCUUGGGUUACAUAAUACGUUGAAUCAUGCGACAGUUGUAGGGGCAUACUGAUUUGCACUGCAUUGCUAUGCAGUUGUGACAUAUCAGGCAAGUUAUGCAAAGAUCAUUUUCAUACCUUAUGGUAAUGAAUGAUGAAAGAUAUGGCUAAUGGCUGCAUGGAAACUAUGGGACAUACAUUCAGAAAUUUAAAGCACUGUUAGAUGUUGAAACUUGGUCGGCAGGGAUGAAGUUAGAUGGACUAAAAUAUGCAAGAACAGUGUUAUGGUUCUUGUAAAGCCCCAUUUUUCAAUUUUAGGCCACCAGAGGACUGAAUAGCUCCAAAAGAGGUCGAUCCACACAUACCGGAUAUAAUUAAAGCACAUUAGCAAAUAGUUACCUGUUUACAGAUCCAGCAGACACAUUCAGAUACAUUCUGGUCAUUUUAGGAAUAUAAUUCCAUUCACUUGUAGCUUUGUUUUGGACUGCACCAACACCUGGUGGGCAUGAUGUGACCACAUAGACUCAACUAUAUGUAGUAAAUGUACAGUAAAUGUACAGUAAAACCAAAACAAUGAGCUAGAAGAGGCUAAAAAGCUCUGCAGGGUUGGUGAUAAUUCUCUGUGGUUUUAUCCCUACAAGUCUCAUUUUUCACAUUAUAUAGAUGUUUGAUUCAUUAAGAUAAAAAUUUGUUGAUGAAUGCAGCUUUAACUGAACUAAAAAAGCAUUAAAUUUAUUGCAUUGAGAAAACUGCGGAUGGUUUGCUCAUCCAUUCCAUGUAUGGUGCAGUAAAGAUGUGAUUGGCUGUUGACAGCUUAUGCUGGCACAAAUGAAAGAAAAAGACUUGAGACAACUUAUUGAAUGUGUCGCUUGCAGUCUAAAUGCAUGUGGCUUGUGCAUACAGACACUGUCACAGACUCUGAGGCAUUUGCACAAACUCAUGGACUCACAUUUACAACAGUGUAUUUCCUGACUGGAACAAUAAUGAUAUGCAGAACUGGCUGAAAACAGGACACGUAUGCUGUGUUCACGAACUAUGCAAAAUAUGAUAGAUUCACAUAUUUGACAAUAAAAUACUCACAUAGGGUUUACCUUAGCUUUCAGCUGUUAAAUACUAAAGUACGUCUUGCUUAAUUAGGGGUAGCAUUACGAUCGACCCUAAUGUUGACUCGUGGACAACUGUAGAAAAUAAUGUUCUUUUUAAAUAAAGCUAACAACCUAAAUGAUUUUAAUCACAAUAUCUCAUAAUUUGUGAUCACAGCUCUUGAAAGCUAUGGCAGGAAAUACUGUCUUGCUGCAUGUUUGUUUUAUUAUUGAUAUGAUGUUUGAUUUGCAGUGGAAUGUUUAACAUACUUAGUCAAUAGCUGUUUUCACAUAUGAACUCUGGACAUUAUCUGGAAAUUAUCCUGAGUUGUCCUUUCAUGUUCACACCUACUGGAAAUACUCAUUUGGUUUAGGCAAGGGGUUGUGCCUGGGUGUAGAGCAUGCAGGAGGGAGGAUAGAAACAUCAUCAACACACGAUGACCUACUCUAUUCACACAUCAGCUCAAUCGGAUAUUACACUGACUUUUUACUAGGGAGCUGGCAGGGUAAAGUCUGUUUAAAGUCCGUUUCAGCUGAUUCAAACAUUUGCAUUCUCACAUGCAGUUCCUCUGGGUCAUGUCCUAUAAAAGUUCAGGGUUGAAGUGCAUGUGUGAAAGUAGUAAUUAUGUGUUAAAUUUAAGGAGCUAAAUGAAAAGCCAUUGAUCUUUACAGAAAUCUACAUUCAUGGACUCUUUUUAAAUAUACGAAUAACUGUCAGGUUGUUCUGAUGAUCAUUCUCAUAGGACGUGAAUGCAGCAUUACCAUGAAGACAAACACAUUUCAUACAGCAAUAGGGAGUCACUUCUCCCUUGUAAUCAAAAUGAAAGCUUAAACUGCCGGCUGGCCGGCUAACGUUCAUCACAGUAGCCAACAGCUACAGUAACUCUUCAAAACUCUGUAACUUCUCAGCAAACCCAACCCGUGCCUGGACAACUUUCUGUACUCAAGUGGUAGUCACAUCUCUGGAUCUUUAAAUGGAUAGAAGCAGUUGUCUUUUGACAGGAUGGUUGUUCACACUGUCUACCAGACAGAUAAACUGACUGAUAGCGGCAGUUCUGAAAUCAUCUCAGCUUUUCAGAGUGCUGUUCUUCCCUGGUUUUUAACAGAAGCCAACAUCUGCAUCUGUGACAUACUCAUUUGUCAGAAUAGGUAUCUAAUGCAGUUAUUCCACAGGACCACCAUAGCCUGCUGUAACCACACUGUGCCAAGCCAUGAUCAUGUGUUGCCACCGUGGCCUCACAGCAGGGGAUAACUGUGGUUACAGCAGGCUUGUGGUCCUGCUUGCUAGCAGAACUGACCAAGGCAAACCUGUGAUGGUCCCCCCCCCCCCCAAAACUAAAGCUGUGCCUUGCUCCAAACAUGGGGACUGGAGAGAAUGCUCUGUUCUUACAUAUAACAGAUAUCAACCUCACUGUUUACUGACUGCUUUACUGAUAUAUCAGAGUUAUCUUAAGUUCCUGCUGAUGAAAACUACAGUUUCCUACUGCGGCUGCUUCACAUUAAAAGCCUUCCGCUGGUGAACCACAGAGAGGUGUUUGUUGUGAAGGAGAUUAGCAGUGCUUCAUUUAGCAGUGCUGUUGUUCAAUAAAUGGUGGUCACACAACAAGAUAUAGACAUAUUCAGCACUAUUUGUUAAUUUGCUGCCAUUUGUGUGGAAUGGAACCUCCAAAAAACAUGUUUGUGCCCCUCCUCACAAUCUUAGACCAAUCAUUCAUGCUUUUCUGCCCGAGGAAACGGAGGCAAUGUUGUCUACUCCAACUCUGUAAAAGUACUAAAGCCGAAACGAUCUCUGCUAUGUUGCUGCACAUCACUUGGGAUAUGAAAUACUACGUUUUGUGCUAGAAUAGUGGCAUGUGGUAUGUAAAUUAUGUCCUAACACUAAACACACCUGCAAGCUUCAAGCACAAGAGAGGCAAUAGACUGCCUGCUACUCAAGAACGCCUCCAACACAUCAAAAAGUGACAUUUUACCUUGCUGCAAUUUGUAGAAAGGAUUCACUCUGCAGUUUUCUUAACCAUUCAGCAUGGCUUGAAUGGUUGCAGUUGCUCAUGGCUUGGUUCACCCUAAUUAGUUGGCAUUUUAUUGGGAACACCUAAGCUAAAGCUAAUGCACUCUAAUAGUCAACAGUCCUGCAAUAAUUCCUCCUUCAUGAAAGUUAUAAUGAUCAGUUUUUGUUGAAACUGUUUUAGAAAGGUGUUGAUUCAACUGUGUGAUCAUUUUGGAGUUGAAUGAGUCUCCCAGUCGACUGUUCAAUUGGUUGGUUAAAUAUUCUCUAACUGGUGUUACUUUCAUAAAGAGAAAAAUGCUACAUCAAUAGCCCUCCAGGAUUAAUCCAAUAUUUUCGGCCACGGUAGGGACAGAGUACCUGUGAAAACUGCUUGGUCUAACUUAUUUACUAUAUAACUUAAUUGGAGUCGGGCUCCCGACAUAAACACCUGCCAAAGUACGCAAAACAACCUCUGUGGUAGUUCCUGCUACAGUAGAUGUCUCCAGGACCACAUUUUGCCAUGAUGACACACGCGUACACACACAGACUCAGAAGGUGAAUUUCAGCGCAAACUGAACAUCAGAACCAUCAUGAAGAGAGGAUUUAUGACAGGACUGUUCUAUUAGACUGCAUUAGCUUUAGCUAGCUGUACCUGAUAAACUGCCACCUGACUGUAUAAUACAGACUUACUUUGAGCCAACAAUCUGCAGAAUCGUUCCAAUGAUUUAUUUUUGGUAUCGUAAAGCCUCUCAAACAGAAUUUUGACCAUGAGACAGUGAAGGUCUGAGCUUAGAAGUGCACAAAGUGGAAGGAUCUAUUCUCUGUCUCUUCUGAUGACGACGUGUUUUAUGAAUUUAAUUAUGUGUGUGUUGUUAAAUGUGAUAUGUGAUGUCGAGUAAACAUUGGAAGACUAAUAGAUUUUUGUUCUACCACCUGAAAGACAGAAUACUAUCUGUGAGAGCUGUGUUCUUUAUGUGUUAUUGAAUAUUUGUGUUGUACGAGUGUUAGUUGACAGGGGUUCGACUGAUAUGGGAGGCCAGUCCAGGUACCUUUACCUACUUACUGUAACCAUGUUACCUAUGCUUUUAAAGAAGAAUAAAACAUUUGAUGGCCCAAAACUAGAAGUACCCAGUGUUUUCCUGAAGAAUGUAACUCUUAUCGGUAUGGCUGGGUAUUGGUUAAAAAUGUUUUCAAUACCAGUGCUGAUACAGCGCCCAAGUUUGGGCGAGCAACACCGAAAUAAUACUGUGUUUUCUAAGAUUUAAAUCCAAAGCUAUCUGAUCAAAGAAUAACUGAAAAAAAAUAUAAAUCUGACCAUAUAUUCAAUACAAACUUUUUUGUUUGGACUUGGUGCUACGGACACCUUUUGGUUGCCACCAAAGAAAUAUUGAGGUUCGAUACCAAGUCCUACUUAUCAGAGAGCAGAAAUACUAAAAUAAAAUAUAUCCAAGCAAACUCAAGUCUAAUGAAUCUUAUCCAAAUUUCUAUUAUAAUAACUUCAGGAGUUUCUCCAUAGACCAGCAGUGUGUGGAUCAGUUCUAGUUUUUUUUAUAACAGAUGACCAAAAGUGUAAAACUCUGCAAACUACAGUUUGUAUAUCACAGUGCAACAACCAACCUGCCAUAUCAUCUAAAAACAGUAGGCUAACUUGUCUAUGUUAGAAAGCUCCGUCAACUUUCCUGUUGAAUGCUUGAGACUUGCUUGAGUGUAUAUUUUCAGAAAUGAUAUGAAUAUGGGCAGCUGCACGCUGGUUGGCACUAAGUCUGUUAAAAAUUUUCUUUGGUAGACUACAGCCCCAGAAAACACACAUUA